CAAGGUCAGUGGAUGGUUGUUGCUGAUGGAGUCUGUGUGCUCCUAUAAAAGGGUAAAUGAAAAGAGAAAUUUCGCGUAGUCUGCGUUUAGUAAUUGUUAUAGAAACAUUUGGAGGAAGGAGACGUGUAUGAAAAAUUAAUUAUGUCACUUAAGUUUGUAGCUGUUUUAGCUUUGUCUUCCGUCGUUAGUGCGGGGCAUGUGGCUCUGGACGACUUUUCUCUCUACCGUCUUCCUCCUCUUGAUGGUGCUGCGGCUCCAGCCCCCGCUAUCGUGAAAACCAUUGUCCCAACAGUUGUGAAAGCAGCACCAGCUCCAGUUCCAGCUCCAGUUUACGUAAAAGCUGAACAUUCUGAAUCUGUUGACUAUGAUGCUCCCGCGAAAUACGAUUUUGCUUAUGGAGUUAGUGAUCCUCACACUGGAGAUGUGAAAGAACAAUCUGAAUCUAGAGAUGGACACACUGUUCACGGAUCAUAUAGUUUGAUUGAUGCUGAUGGCUUUAAACGAACUGUUGAAUACACGGCCGAUGAACAUAAUGGGUUUAACGCAGUUGUCCAUCGUGAGCCAUUAGGGCAUGCUGCACCGGUUGCGAAAGUCAUUCCAGCCGUUGCUAAAGUAGUUGCUCCACAUGCAGCUUACCACCGUUAAUUAUGACGACAGGUCGUAAUGUGAUGUUGAAUUUGUGUGAUGUAGACACUUAAGGUGUCUAUAGUUUUAAGUUGUAAAUAAAUACCUGGCUGAAAAUAA